AUGGCGGCUUCCGCGGCCGGCCUGGGCGGCGGUGUGGGCCCCGGGCCUGAGGCCGGGGAUUUCCUGGCGCGCUACCGCCAGGUGUGCAACAAGCUGAAGAAGCGGUUCCUGCGGAAGCCGAAUGUGGCGGAGGCCGGCGAGCAGUUCGGCCAGCUGGGGCGCGAGCUGCGCGCACAGGAGUGCCUGCCGUACGCGGCCUGGUGCCAGCUGGCCGUGGCCCGCUGCCAGCAGGCGCUCUUCCACGGGCCCGGGGAGGCGCUGGCGCUGACCGAGGCCGCGCGCCUCUUCCUGCGGCAGGAACGCGACGCGCGCCAGCGCUUGGCCUGCCCCGCCGCCUACGGGGAGCCGCUGCAGGCCGCUGCCGCCGCCCUGGGCGCCGCCGUGCGCCUGCACCUGGAGCUAGGCCAGCCGGCUGCCGCCGCUGCGCUCUGCCUCGAGCUGGCGGCCGCCCUGCGCGACCUGGGCCAGCCGGCCGCCGCCGCCGGCCACUUCCAACGCGCCGCGCAGCUGCAGCUGCCCCAGCUGCCCCUGGCCGCCCUGCAGGCGCUCGGCGACGCCGCGUCCUGCCAGCUGCUGGCGCGCGACUACAGCGGCGCCCUGGCGCUCUUUACGCGCAUGCAGCACCUGGCGCGGGAGCACGGCGGCCACCCGGUGCCGCCGCCGGGGCCGCAGCCCCCGCCGCAGCUGCAGCCCAAGCCGCCGGCGCCGCAGCCCGGGGCCGGCGCGGCCUCCGCCCCACCGUUCGCGCUGCUCCCGCCCGGCGCGGUGUCCGCGGCCGCGCCCUCCCCCGCCGCGCUGGGCGCCUUCGCCGACGUGCUGGUCCGCUGCGAGGUGUCCCGCGUGCUGCUGCUGCUGCUGCUGCAGCCGCCGCCCGCCAAGCUCCUGCCGGAGCACGCGCACACCCUGGAGAAGUACUCCUGGGAGGCCUUCGACGGCCACGGGCAGGACAGCAGCGGCCCGCUUCCCGAGGAGCUCUUCCUGCUGCUGCAGUCCUUGGUCAUGGCCACCCACGAGAAGGACACGGAAGCCGUCAAGUCGCUGCAGGUGGAGCUGUGGCCCCUGUUGAGCGCCGAGCAGAACCACCUCCUGCACCUCGUUCUGCAGGAAACCAUCUCCCCGUCGGGCCAGGGCAUCUGA